AUGGCGUUGGGACUGAUUCUGGUGGCGUUGUGUUUGGCUGUGUUUUGUAUGAGUCUCGACAUGACCAUCAUCUCCACCGCCAUCCCACGCAUCACCGAUGAUUUUCAAGCUUUGGACGACGUCGGUUGGUACGCAUCAUCCUACAUGCUAACCCUCUCCGCUUUUCAACUCUUUUACGGGAAAUUGUAUACGUUUUUCAGCAAGAAAUGGAUCUUCCUGAUGGCGUUUGCGUGGUUUGAGAUUGGGAGUGCGAUUUGUGGGGCGGCGCCGAAUUCGACGUGUCUUAUUGUGGGACGUGCGAUAGCGGGAUUUGGAUCGGCGGGUUUGUUUUCUGGGGCUCUUUUGAUUAUUGCGAACAGUGCUCCUUUGGCGAAGAGGCCGACUUAUAUUGGGAUUGUCGGGUCUAUGUAUGGACUUGCUUCGGUGACUGGGCCACUAAUGGGUGGCGCCUUCACUGACCAUUUGUCUUGGAGAUGGUGCUUCUACAUCAACCUUCCCAUCGGAGCCAUGACGGUGCUGUUCAUCGUUUUGUGCUACAAAGAAUCACAUCGAUCCCGAGCACAAGUCCUCCAGACAAGCUGGAAGGCUAGAGCUAAGCAGUUUGACCUCGAGGGCCUUGCGAUCUUCUUGCCCAUGGUCAUCUGUCUUCUGCUUGCAAUGCAAUGGGGAGGCUCGACCUACCCAUGGUCCGACGGUCGCAUAAUCGCCCUGCUUACGCUUUUCGCAGUCGCUCUAGUAGCAUUCAUCGGGGUGCAAAUCUGGAAGAAAGAUAACGCAACAGUACCACUGCGAGUCCUCAAGCAAAGAUCGAUCGCCGCAGCCUCAUGGUUUGCCUUCACCCUCGGCGCAUCAUUCUUCAUCCUCACAUACUACAUUCCCAUCUGGUUCCAAGCGAUCAAAGGAGCAUCUCCAGUCAAGUCAGGCAUCAACAACAUCCCCAUGGUCUUAGCCGUUGUUCUCUCCUCAACCCCCACAGGCAUUGCCGUAACCUACAUCGGCUACUACACGCCCUUCGCAAUCCUCUCGUCCAUCCUCUUGGCAAUAGGAACCGGACUCCUCACAACAUGGGAAACCAACACCGGCUCCGCAGAAUGGAUCGGCUAUCAAAUUCUCUGCGGUCUGGGCGUGGGCUUCGGCUUCCAACAAACCAUGCUCGCCGCACAAACCUGUCUCCCAAAAGCAGACGUCCCGAUAGGCACAGCAAUCGUGGUCUUCUUCCAAACCCUCGGCGGUGCGCUCUUCGUUUCGGCCGCGAAUAACAUUUUCAACAAUAAGCUCUUGUCUGGGAUAGCUGGGGUGGUCCCGGGUUUGAGUCCUCAGACAAUUCUUGAAACGGGCGCCACGGCUUUGAGGAAUGUGAUUCCCGACGGCUAUCUUCCUGCCGUGCUGGAGAUUUACAAUGAUGCGUUGGUCGGCACGUUUUAUGUGGCUACGGCGUUGGGUGCUUUUUCGAUUCUGGGAUCGGCGGCUCUGGAGUGGAGGUCGGUGAAGGGGCAGGAUGUUCAUGCUGUGGCUGUGUAG